UGCGGCCCCGCGCGGCCGCCGCCGGCCAUGGCGCUCACCGGGCUCCUGGUGACCGUGCUGACCCUUCAGCUGACCGUCCGCCCCGGCAGCGUCAGUGGGAGCAGCUGGACGGGCAGCAGCGGCCCCGCAGGUCACGGGUUCAACAUGUUCGAGGGCGUGCCGGAGCCGAUGUUCGUGGGUCAGGUGCAGAACGUGACCGUGUCCCAGGGCCGGGAGGUGGUGCUCACCUGCACCGUCAAACACCUCGGACCGUACCGCGUGGGCUGGCUGAAGGCGGACACGCAGACGAUCCUGUCACUACACACGCGCACCGUCACCACCAACCAGCGUAUCUCGGUGACGCACGACCAGCAGCGCGGCUGGUCGCUGCACGUGCGGCGCGCCCAGCCGGCAGACGGCGGCUGCUACAUGUGCCAGAUCAACACGGCAGUCAUGAAGAAACAGGUCGGCUGCGUCACCGUGCAGGUUCCCCCGGCGUUCGACAACAACCGCACCAGCCAGGACGUCAACGUGCGCUCCGGCGAGAACGUGACCUUGACCUGUCGCGCCGAGGGUGACCCGCCGCCGCGCAUCAGCUGGCGCCGCGAGGACGACCUGCCCAUCCUGCUCUCUGACACCGACCCGCCCGUCAAAAUACCCGUGCACCGCGGCGCCUGGCUGGGUCUGGUGAAGGUCAGUCGGCACCAUGACGGCGCCUACUACUGCAUCGCCAACAACGAGGUACCACCCGCCAUCAGCAAGCGCAUCAUGGUCAACGUGGCCUUUGCUCCGGUGGUGCGGGUGCCCCACCAGCUGAUGAGUGCCCCGCGCGGCUCCGACGUCACCCUCGAGUGCCAGAUCGAGUCACACCCGGUGCCGUCCACACUGUGGCUCAAGGCAGGCCAGCCGCUGCGCAUGGACGGGAAGAAGUACGUGAUGCGCGAGGUGCACAGCCACGGCCGCAAAACGCACGUGGCGCUGCAGAUCCGCGACUUCCACCCCAGCGACGUGGGCCAGUACACCUGCGUGGCCAGCAACGCCAUCUCUCGGGAGGAGGGCUACAUACGAGUGCACGAGACGGUCCGCGUCACGACGCCACCGUCGCCGCCGCCCGCCCGGCGGACGCCGCCGCCGCGGCGCCGGCCGACCCCGCGGCACCGACCCCGACCGAGCACCGAGUGGCCUGAGGAGGUCACGUGGCGACCAGCGGUCACCAGCGGCCGGCCGCGCCGACCAGCGGUCCAGCUGGCAGACGAGAUGACGGCGGCGGCCGGCCAGCGACCAGCGGCGGGGCAGGCAGCGCUGGUCACGCUCGCGGUGAUCGUCACGGGUGGGAAGGUGCUCUGGGCGGGCUAACUGUCUCACUAGAGCGAGAGGUCGUAUUUGUGUCAUAUGGAGAAGGCUACUAAAUAAUAUGGGGAGCAUAUCACUCACAGGGAGGUUCGGCGUUACGCAAGAUUCGUCGUAAGAAGGUGGAUGAUGUACCGAAAAGGAGAGUGGCUGGCGAGGUGCUAGGGAUGUGCGCGAUGGGAUGGUUGUUAAUUAUACAUGAAUCAUCAUGUGCUGAUCAUCAAUCAGAUACAAUACUGAGGAACACUUCUAUUGAUAGGACAACGAAGCGGGCUUAAUGAGACAAUACGUAUCACAUGUUUUCUGGAAUAAAUAUAUGUGUCAUCAUCG